AGCAAGGGUGCUAGAGAAGAUAGAAAAGGUGCUUGCUGAUGGAGCUCAAGACUCUUGUUUUCAAGGAGCUGAUGGUGAGAGGUGCAGACAAGAUGAACUUGGCCGACGAACCGGCCGGGCCAUUUCUCACGCUUAGCCUGGGGCCGACGAACGCGAUCGGCGCAAGUUGCCGCGCCACAGGAGGGGACAUCGUCGGUGCAAAGCUGCGAGCGCACGCCGGGGACGACGAGGCCAUUGCCGCCGCCGGUUUGGCCCUUGGGCUGCGCUGCGACAGCAGCGAGCCACCAGCCCGCGCCGUCGUCUCCGCCGGCACCAAGCGGCAGAGGGCCGCGAGCGACGACGACCAGCGCGGCACCAGCGGGGGCAACAAGCAGAAGGCGCUGAUGCUGCCGGCGGCGCCGCCGCGGCAGGAGAGGCCGCCGGCGGACCGCGUGUCCUUCCGCGCGCGCUGCAGCGCGGCGACGGUGAACGACGGGUGCCAGUGGCGGAAGUACGGCCAGAAGGUGUCCAAGGGCAACCCGUGCCCGCGCGCCUACUAUCGCUGCACCGGCGCGCCCGACUGCCCCGUCAGGAAGAAGGUGCAGCGGUGCGCGCGGGACAUGUCCGUGCUGGUCACCACCUACGACGGCGCCCACAACCACCCGCUCACGCCCUACGCCGCCGCGAUGGCGUCUGCCAUGCUCGCGUCCGCCGCCGCCUCGACGUCUGCGCAAGCGGACGCGACAGGCACUGCCACGACCGCUCGGGCGCACGACACGCCGCUGCUCGUACGGCCCGUGGCCGUGCUGCCGCCUCGACGCUAUCCAUCGAGCGGCGGCGCGCCGGCUGCUGCGGCGUCGAGCCAGACCGUCGUCCCGGUGGCCAACAUCAUGCAGGAGGCGGUCGCCGACCCCAAGUUCCGCGCGGCGGUGAUGGCCGCCGUCGCGAGCUACGUCGGGGAGCAGUGCGGUGGGAGAACCAUCGACGACUUGUUGACCUUGGCACCUAACCGAUGCGAUUGACAAAUAAAUCAGGGAUGUAAAAAAGUUGUGACAAUGUAGGUUUAUCCCAUUCCAUUUCUUUUUUUUUUUGUGAAAAUGCCAUUCCAUUCCAUUUGUUCAUUCAGAUACAAUAAUUUAACCUGUCAGUUCAUUCUGAUUGUAACACCAUUUUU